AUAGUCAUAGCGUUAUACUAAUUUCCAAUUGUGUGUAUAUAUAUGUGUCCGUUUAUGCAUCAAAAUGGCGUAGGCAAUUAAUUGAUAUAUAGGAGUAUCGCAUAAAGCUAGGGAAUUGAAGUAGUGUUAUUUGUUCAUUAAUCAUAUCAUGGCCGCUUCGGGAUUAUUAUCAUCACCAUCACUUGUUUCUAUUUGUGACAAAUCCUUCAUCAAACCUUCUACUCUCACCCCUUCUACACUUAGACUUCACAAGCUAUCUUUCGUCGAUCAGUCCGUCAGUAAUAUGUAUAUUCCUGUGGCCUUGUUUUACCCUAAACCGCAAAGAGAAGAGUCAAACAAUUCUCAUCUUUCCCACAUAGCUGAUUUGUUGCAGACAUCUCUGUCACAAACUCUAGUCUCUUACUAUCCUUACGCAGGAAUAUUGAGAGACAAUGCUACUGUUGAGUGUAAUGACAUGGGAGCUGAGUUCUUGAGUGUUAAAAUAAAUUGUCCCAUGUCUGAAAUCCUUAACCAUCCUCAUGCAACUGAUGCAGAGAGUAUAGUUUUUCCAAAGGACUUGCCUUGGAAGAAUAAUUAUAAAGGUGGUAAUUUACUUGUGGUUCAAUUAAGUAAGUUUGAUUGUCGGGGAAUAGCCAUUAGUGCAUGUUUAUCGCAUAAGAUUGGCGAUGGUUGCUCUGUGAUUAAUUUUCUUAAUCAUUGGGUUAAUGUCACUCGUGAUCGUAGAUUUAUAGUUCCUUCUCCUAGAUUUGUAGGAGAUUCUAUUUUCUCUUCACUAAAUGGUCCUCUUAUUGCUCCACAAAUUAUGUCUAACGUCAGUGAGUGCGCGCAGAAAAGACUUGUUUUUCCAACUGCCAAAUUGGAUGCUCUUCGAGCUAAGAUAGCAGUAGAAUCAGGAGUAGAGAACCCAACACGGGCUGAAGUUGUCAGUGCACUUCUUUACAAAUCUGCAACAAAGGCAGCAGCAUCAUGUUCUGCAAAUAUACAACCAUCUAAGUUGGUUCACUACUUAAAUGUACGUACUAUGAUCAAACCUCGUCUACCACGAAGUGCAAUUGGAAAUCUCUUAUCCAUGUUCUCCACAGCAGCUACGCAAGAUAUUGAGUUGCCAAGAUUGAUUCAUAAUCUAAGGAAGGAAGUUGAGGUAGCGUACAAGAAAGACCAAGUUGAACAAAAUGAACUGGUCUUAGAAAUAGUAGAAUCCAUACAAAAAGGAAAAUUACCAUUUGAAGAAAACGAUGAAAAUUGUACUACUCCUACUACUAUGUAUUUUUGCAGCAACCUUUGCAAAUUACCAUUCUACAGUGUAGAUUUUGGGUGGGGAAAACCUGAAAGAGUGUGCCUAGGAACUGGUCCAUUCAAGAAUUUCUUCUUCUUGAAAGAUUACUAAACUGGGCGAGGCGUGGAGGCGCGAGUGAUGUUGCAGAAACAACAUAUGUCUGCAUUUGAAUGCGAUGAGGAACUCCUUGAGUUUGCCUCCUCCUCAGCUCCAAGUCUUUAAUUACGAGGAGUUUGAAAUCUUCAUUUCUGUUUCAUUGUAUGAUUUUGCAUGUUUAUUUGGUCCCUUAAUAGUGUUGCUAAGUGGAAUACGUGCCUUUAUUUUGUUUA